UGCUGCGUGCAGGUAAAAGGAACAAGCGACACAAAAACAGAAAACAUUUAUCCUGGCAGAAAGCGAGGAGUGCGAUGGAAACGGACUGUCCGGUAAAACGUUUUCGUGCGGAGGAAGCCAAAAAGCGAGAUAUUUAAGUUGGUGAAAAAAGCGCAACACCUUUCAGCGCCUUGGAAGAAAGUGCCGUUGUGUCAACCAUCGCUUGGCUUUGUACAGCAGGCAACUCGGACAGCUGCGUGUUUUCAAGCAAGCCAUCAACAAAGAAUGAAAGCAUUCAAACGAGCUCUGGAAGAAGAGCGUCACCCGGAGCAGGAGCACUCCUCGGCUGUGUCGGACAGCGAUGACGGCUCCCCGCUCGACCUGUCAGGAAGAGGGCUCUUUGGGAAGCGGCGUCGCCGCGGCAACCUGCCCAAGGAGGCGGUGCAGAUUCUGCGGAGCUGGCUGUACGAGCAUCGCUUCAACGCCUACCCGUCGGAGCAGGAGAAACUCAGUCUGUCAGGCCAGACCAACCUCUCUGUGCUGCAGAUAUGUAACUGGUUCAUCAACGCACGUCGCCGCCUCCUCCCUGACCUCCUUCGGAAGGAUGGCAAAGACCCGACCAAGUUCACCAUCUCCCGCAAGGUCGGUGUUAAGAGCGAAGGCCACUCAUCCACAGGAGGUGGAGCCAGCUCUCCAGAAAGCCACUCUUCUAGCAGCUCAUCUCAACAACGCCCGUCUGUCAUCCGCUCUGCCCCUACACUGGACCUCAGUCUUCUUGGGAACACAGCGACAGCUAUUCUGACGGGAGCAGGCUAUCCUGGUAAGGAAGGUUCAGUCCAGGCGCUGAUGAAGCUGGAUACACAAAGUCUACUGAGGGAGGCUGAGGAACAGGGGGCUUGCCUCACCAGCACAACAAUGGCAGCUAGCCCCACCAGUGGCCUCUUCAACACACCUCCGCCAACUCCCCCCGAGCUGUUCCCCACCCAAGACUUCAGUGACUUGAGGCUCCUGGUCGACGCGGCUCUGCAGAGGGCAGCAGAGCAGGAGAACCUGAAGAGACUCCAGGAGAGCCAGAACAAACUUACAGAAGCUGUAAAGACUGAAAUAGUGGAGGCACCGUGCAAUUACAGCAGUGACCUGGGCCCCACGCCACCUCCAGAGGACAGCCAGCAAGUCAUGGAUCCCUGCAGGGUGCAGAGUCUGAUGGAGAAGGCUAUGGCGGUUCCAGUGUCAGCUGUCACCUCAGUGAAGGCUCCGGUGCCUCUGUCCUCCACAGCCUCCGGACGAGCUCCAGCUCCAGUUUUGAUCUCAGCCCCGAGGCUAUCUCCUCUCCCGAUGACUAAAGUCAUCUGGAGCCCCUUGGAGAAGGACACUGCCCAAGCUUCCAGCCCAAACCAGCCUCAGCUCAUCACAGCUCAUCUGCCAACCAUAGUGCCAGUGUCGGCCCCAGUCUCAGGAGAGCCGAUUUCUCAGAAGCCAGCUGCUGCUCCAGCUUCAUCAUCAGCUUCAAGCUCACCAGCUCAACUGCCCACUACAUCUUCUUCAUCAGUGCCGGCUACGAGGCCAGUCCUCGUCCCAACAAUGAGUUCCACCUCUGCUCCAAGCCAGGCUUCACCCCCAACUGUAGCGCUUGUUCCAGCCACUCCUUCUCCAAUCUCCUCUUUCACAGCCCCCAGAGGAGUCCCACUUUACCUGCCGUUCCACAAAUCCCCGUUACUCCCAGUCACAGUUCCAUGUCCAUCACCUGUUUCAGCCGCAGCAUUGUCUCCAGCCCCUGUUCUCUGCCCGGCCUCUGCCUCUACCCAAGCUUCAGCUCCUGUCCCAGCUCCAGCCCCGACGUCCUCCUCAAAGCCAACGAUCACACCUCUCCUGGGCCUCGCUUCCCACCUCACUCCACCUCCACCUCCUCCUCCUCCUCCUCCUCCUCAGUCCUUGCCCUCCUCCACAAACAGCACCAGCACCAGCAGUAGCAGUAUUAGCAGUACGGUGCCAAGGAAUACAGCGGUGGUGCCCAGCGUUUGGAGCAUGGUUCAUGCUGACACCAGGCAAUCCAGUUCCCUUCAAGUGGUAAAGACCCCCAUCGCCACAGUGUGGGGCCCACAACACAGCCUGCACACAGUGAGCGAAACUGUCAACUAGGGGCUAGGUGUGGUUUUUCUUUUUUUUUUUUUUUUUUUUUUUUUUUUGUUGUUUUUUGUUUUGUUUUUUUUCCUGUGUGCAUAUACAAGGCAGGAGGCUGGACAACACUGUAUAUAGCAGAAUGUAUCUUCAUCACCAGGUCCCUUUUGACAUUGAAGCCUGUGCCUGCAGAAUAAAUGGCAGCAAUUCAGAUGUGCGAACUGGGACAAAGUGAAGUAACAGACAUGAGGUGUUUUAGAGACAUGCUGUGUCAAGCAACUUUUUAUUCUUUAAAAUGCUGUUCCGGAUUGAAGCAGCUGCUAGUAAGAAACACUUCGACGCCAUUUCUCAAAAAGAACAUUCCACAGCGCAGAGUAAUUGUAUUGUACAGGUUUCGAUGCCGUUUUCAAAUCCCUUUCUAACGUUUCCAAUUUAGGAGUGAGGAGGAAAAUAUUGCUCAAUUGUAUAAAUUUCAACCGGUGUCAUCUUCAGCACCAGCAGAGUUAGCCUCUUCAGUAGCAGUACUGGACUUUCUUGAAUGUACAAAAGGCAUACAUGUGUUUGGCUUGGUUGCCUAUUAUCCAUUCCCCUUCAGGAUAAAAAGGAGGACAUGAGUUUUUUUUUUUUUCUUCUUCUUCUUCUUCAUCCCACACCAACAUUAAAGUCCUCUAUAGUUGUGCAAUUCAGAAGAUUUUUAAUUUAAUUUAGUCUAUUCUUUACUCCACCUCAUUUCCCCCCCUUUUCACUUUUUGUAGUGGAGAUGAGCAGAAGGGAAAUUGAUUAUACUGUAGCGUGCCUGACUGCAUGACUCGCCUCGAUGUGUCUGUCUCCAUCCCUCUCUCACGUCUCGCCAUCUUCCUGUCUUUUUAUAGCUAAGGGAAUUCAUUAGCCCUCAUGAAUUGUCAUCUCAGCCACUCAACACAUGCUCUCAAGUAGCACGUGUCUCUUUGACUGCCUUUUCUAAUUAAUAAUCGUAUCCAAACAAAGAAGCUGUAUUUUCUAUGUAUUUGUAAAACUUUUUUUUUUUUUUUUU